UCGUUUUAAUAUUAGCUUGAUCUUAAAACCGGAAGUUUGAAUUCCAAUAUGUCUGCGCCCAUGUAUCUCAACAAAACGCAGUCUUAGCGUAUUUUUCUGUAACAAAGUCACAUCAAUAUGGACUCUGAUGAGGAAGAAUUCACCUUUGAGAAAAAGAGACCAAUUCUUUAUGGAAGCUUGGAAGAGAGAGAAAGACAAAGAUUAACCAGUCAAAGAACAACUGGAUCCUUGUCAAGUGAUGCUAUAGAGGCAGGGAAGGCUGCAGGAAAUAUAAAUAUUACACAGGGUGGAACAUUUGACCUGCCUGAUAACAAAGAAAGUCAAGCUGAAUUAUUAGCAGAAUUAGAGAAGAAAAAAAGGGCAAGACAGAUACAGGUGUCUACUGAUGAUGUGGAAAUCAAAUCUAAUUUACGACAGCUGGGGGAGCCUAUCUGUUUGUUUGGAGAAGGUCCAGCAGAUAGGAGAGAAAGGAUGAGAAAUAUUUUAGCCACGAUAGGUGAAGAUACAUUCAAGAAAAAGAAACAAACAGAAAUAGAUGAAAAGAAAAAGAAAGAUGAUGAAAAUAUUACAUGGUACCAUGAAGGACCAGCUAGUCUAAAAGAAGCCAGAAUAUGGAUAGCUGAAUACUCUAUACCAAGAGCUAAAGAAAGAAUAAGGAACCAAAAAGAACAUGUGCAGUUAUCAUCAGCUCAAAGAAAUGCCAAAGUUCAGGAUCUUCACAAACGUGUUCGAGCAAUAUCAAAUGAAUGCAGUCAGAUAGGAGAUGUUAGACCUUUAUCAUUUUGUCAAUUUAGCCCUGAUAGUAAAAUGUUAGCAGUAUCAUCAUGGUCUGGUUUAUGUAAAUUAUGGUCUAUUCCUGAUUGUCAACUUAUAAGACAACUUAGAGGACACAAUGGUAAUGUUGGAGCUAUUGUCUUCCAUCCACAAGCCACAUUACAGUUAGAUGACAAAAGUUGUUGUAUGGCCUCAUGUGGUCAAGAUGGCUCUGUCAAACUUUGGAAUUUGGUCAGUGAUGAACCAGUAGCAGAUAUAGAAGGUCAUGCCCCCUAUAGGGUUUCCCGAUUGGCCUAUCAUCCCUCAGGCAGAUUCCUUGGUACAUGCUGUUUUGAUAAUUCAUGGAGAUUAUGGGAUUUAGAAGCACAAGAGGAAAUUCUUCAUCAAGAAGGUCACAGUAAACCAGUGUAUGAUAUAGCAUUCCAGAAUGAUGGGGCUUUGGCAGCAACAGGAGGAAUGGAUGCUUUUGGCCGUAUUUGGGAUUUACGGACUGGGAGAUGUAUAAUGUUUAUGGAGGGACAUUUGAAGUCAAUACUUGGGAUUGAUUUCUCUCCUGAUGGAUACCAUGUCGCCACAGGAAGUGAAGAUAAUCAAGCCAGGAUCUGGGAUUUACGGCAACAUAAAUGUGUAUAUACAAUAGCAGCUCAUACAAAUCUAGUUAGCAAAGUUAGAUUUCAACCUGACCACUCAAACUACUUAGUUACAUCAUCGUAUGAUGGCACAGCCAAGGUUUGGGCUCAUCCUACAUGGGGACCUUUGAAGAAUCUUGCUGGACAUGAAGGGAAAGUUAUGGGAAUAGAUGUUUCUCCUGAUCUUAAAUACAUUGCUACUGCAUCAUAUGACAGAACAUUCAAACUAUGGGCAUCUGAACUGUCUGGAGGUUUAUAGCAUAGGUUCAAAUUAUUACCAAGUGGAACAUGUGCAAAAGUAAAAGAUAUAUGAUCUUUGAAAAGAAAGUAAAGUGUUGUUCAGAUUCUGACUGGAACUCUUGUGAAACGUGACAUUUAUAGAUAAAAGUUGUUGAAUGGAUGGUGGAGAAUAUAAACAGUAAUUGCUUUAGAUAGCUACACAAAUAAGUGUGAAAAUAACAUUGAAAUCAUGAUUUUGACAGUCUAUAAGAAGACCCAUGUAAUACACAGAUCUGUUGCUCACAUUAUAUCACUCAUGUCUUGUAAUAAAGUCUUAUCAUAAUAAUAAUGUGUUUGAUA